CUUGCGUAUAUGCAUAUGUGAAUGCGUGUUUACUGCAUGCAAAAAUGCAUUUGUGUGUCGAAGUGUAUUUGCAUGUGUAUACGCGUGUGUAUGUGUACCACAGUGCAUUCUCUAUAUGUGAGCGCAUGUGAAUUACUGAGCUUAAGGAAAGCAGAUGCAGAUGAUCGUACAGAAAGGUAGAUUUAGCAGACGAUCUGCUUUCAUAUAACGAAGCUAACGACUUUAUUUAAAAUGGAUCAAGUAAAUAUUAUGGUAAGACUGUUUACCUGAAUUCGGUUUUAGCUACCAGAUUUCCACACUCUGACUUAUUUUAUUGAAAACCCUUUUUGUGUUUUUGUUGUUUUCGUUUUAUUUUUGUAUUUGUUGUAAUUAUUAUGGAGUUUGUGAAUUUUUUGGGAAAAAAUUCUUACAAGAUUGCUGAGUGGAAUAAAAGAAGCAAGCAUUACAUGCUUUAUUUGAUUCACUAUGGACAUUUGUUUCUUUUUAAACAUAACUCGAGUUUUGGAAUAAUGUUACCAUGAAAAUCUAACUUUGGAGCUAUAACCUGUAUGUCAGAUUUAAAAUAUGAUACUUUGUAAAAUAUUGUCCUAAAACUGCAAAUCUCUGAUAAUUGUAAUAGUGACAAUCCGGACAUUUGCCUGUCAAGUCGAAAUAUGCAGUCUUGAAAUGUUUGUUUGCCAAAUUAAAAAUGGUUCUCCUGCUAAGAACCGAAUAUGUUUAUCCAUUUACACUUUUACUAAUAUUGGGUACCGUGCCGUUGUCAUUGGAGAUUAAUGUAACCAGUAUUUGUCAAACUCCUAAGAACUUCGGGAAACAUAGGAUUAAAACUGAUUCUUAUUGUCCGCGUUGUCUCACAAGAGAACGAAUAUUUGGCUUAAAGUGUGUUUUUCCAAUUAUCGAUGAAGUUAACUUUUCGAACAAAAUCCCAGAGUGUUUAAGACUGGUCAAACGUAAAAGAAAAAAAUCGACCGAUUUUUUAAAUUCCUUGUAUUUUUUUAUAAACAGUUACGGAAAAAGCAUGUUGAUAAACUUGUUCCUACAAAACAAUUCCAGGUAUUACGAGAGAUUUAAAUGGGACAGUACUGAACUAGUCUUCUCAAAUAUUUCAAAUGAAAAUAAUUUUAUAUCCAGGUAUAUUGUUCCACAUAAAGAUUCUAUACUAAGAUUCUUGUUCACCAAUGGAAUUGAACAGAUUUCUUUGUUUAUCUGUCGCAAAACUUUUUCAAAAAGCAUUUCUCAUGUUCAUUUUACCUUGGAUUACAGAUAUUCUUGCACAGACAGAAUUUAUAAUUACUAUGUAAUGAAAACGCUUCAUAGAACUGCGUUAAUUUUCUCAAAUCUUAUGGUUGAAAAUAUAUUUAUCAUAAGUUGUAUCAGUAUUGGUAACAUCUCUAAAAAAAUAUGCAAUCAACCGACAAUGUUAUUCCAGUUGCAGUGGAGAAACAGCCAGUAUUUUAAUAUUAGUCACGUAUUUCUCAAUAGUUUGAAUUCCUUGAAAACAGAAAUAUAUUUUCGUGCUAAAACUACGAAUUUUUCUUUAACCAAAUUUUGUCUUCUACGCAACGCAUCUAUUCGAAAAUCAGAACUGUUAGCACAUCGAUUUGAGGUGACGCAGGAAAAGAGUCAGGCACCAUAUAGCAUCGAUUCUUUUGGUGUUAUAAAGAACAAUUCUGCUAAACAGCCAUUGUUUCUAACAUCUCAAUAUAAACUAUGGCUUCGUGGAUCUAAAUAUAAAAAACGAUUUGAUAAAUUAAAAAGCUUGUUAAUAUCCCACUCAUCUACAUACCAGCUUCCAGUUCGUAAAUCUACACCCAAAUCAUCAUUAUUAACAUUUAGAUACGGGUCACUAUCAUUAUUAUUUAAUUCAAUAGAGCAAGAAAAGUGCGUUGCUGUAGUGACAUACAAUAUUUUUCUAGAAAAUUCAGCAUUCAUCGGAAAUUAUUCUAAAACUACACAAGCGUUUAGUUUUAAUUUUACUUCCGAAAACUUGAUAAAAUCUCAUUGUAAUUCUUCAUUCAUAAGCGAAAAUGCCAGCGUCAAAAGAACUCAACAGCAGACUAUGAAAAAGAAAUCCAUGACAAAUUGUGAUUAUUACAGUUCGCUAUCUAGAAGGAAGCGAGAACUACUGCGAUACAAAGGACUUCUUGCUCACGGUAUAUCACCGAAUGCAAAGAGGCAAAAUCUUUCUCCGUUAAAUUAUGCAUCAUGGAGACGGAAGUUUAACAAAUUUAUAGGGCAUUCAGAGGUAAUCCUCGGUAUGGGCAAUCAAGAUUUAAAUAUGUGCAAGCAGAGUGUUAACUGUAAGCUUCCUACAUGUUGGUGUUUUGGAAGAAAGCCUAGUUUUGAUAGCAGGAACAUACCCCAGUUCGUAUAUUUCACGUUCGACGGAAUUGUUGACAAGAUCACCCGCAAGAAAAUAGCCCAACUUUUUUCACAGGACAGAACCAACGAGAAUGGGUGUCAUAUUCGUGCCACGAUCUUUAUAACCGGUCUGGUAUCAGAUUACAAAGAGAUUAAUUGGCUCUAUAAAGCUGGACAUGAAAUAGCAUUGUAUGGUCUUAGCAAUGAUCUUGUUGAUCCCUUCAUGAAGCAUCUUGAAAUACCUGUUCAGAAGAAAUUACUCGAACGCUAUGCAGGAAUCUCUGAUUUAUAUGUAACUGGCUGGAGAAACGUCCACGACACAUCAAAAUGGCAUAAACAACUGGACAGUUUUAAAAAAUACAAUAUGGUGUAUGAUUCUUCUAUUGUAAUUAGACCGUCAAGCGUCACAGAACAAGGAAUAUGGCCAUUUACAUUAGAAUUUGGUUGGGAUGAAAAUUGCAAAAAUAGCAGUUGUAGGUUCAAAACAAAGGAAUCAGAAGUAUUGUGGGAAAUUCCUUCAAUUCUUUAUUCGAAUUUUAAAACUUCUAAAUUAUGUUAUUAUAUUGACGACUGCUUUAAUGAUUCCCAUACAUCGUUAGAAACCUAUGACAACCUUGUUCGUAAUUUCUUCAUUGCCCACAAAUCUAAAAUGCCCUUUGGUGUACGCUUGAGAAAAUACUGGUUUGAUAAACAAAAUAAAGCGAAUUUUGGGGGCCUUGAUGCGUUUAUAAAAUUUCUGUUAGACCUCGAUAAUGUGUACUUAAUUAGUAUAUCUGAUCUUGUUGGAUGGAUGCGACAUCCACAACCGAUUUUUACUGAGAGAAAUAUCAAAAGUUUUCUUGGUAUUGGAUGUUAAGUAUUGAUUAACAAUGCACACACACACAUGCAUGCAUAAAUAAAUAAAUACAUAAAUACAUACAUAGAUACACAUACACACACACACAAAUAUCAUACACCAUUCAUUUAUAAUAUGAACAAGUUACGAAUUACUUCAAGUAAAUGACCAAGUAAAUUACUUCAGCUUUAAUCCAUAAUCUUACA